AUGGAAAGAAAGGGCUUCGCAGGCACGACUCUGGACACGGAGCGGCCCAGCUGGCGCAUGCUGGUGUUCCUGAGCUUCGCGUGCGCCCUGCUGCUGGACACCUACUACACGGCCGCCAUCGUCACCUCGCUGCUGCUGCCCCCGCCCAGGACCAUCAACAGCAAGGCCGAUCUGGUGCACAGCGAGCUCGCCGUCGGCAUGGAGAACAUCAGCUACACACACGAGUACUUCGAGAGGAGCAGCGAUCCCGUGGACCACGCGCUGAUGGCCCAAAAGGUGUGGCCGAGAGGCGCACCCGAGCCCAACUACCACAGCUUACUGGAGGGCGUGCGCAAGGUAGCCACCGAGGCGUUCGCUUUCACCGCCGAGGACGUCAGCCUCUACCCUCUGCUCGACCGCUACGUCACCGAGGUCGACAAGUGCUCGUUGGUCGCCCUCGACUUCAUGAAGUCGCGCUCCACCUACAUGCCAGUGCGCAAGAACUCCCCUUACAGGGAGCUCGUCACUAUAGGGCUGCGCAAGCUGCUGGAGAGGGGCCACAUCAGCCGCACGCGCAGCCUGUGGCACGCGCAGCCGCCCGCCUGCCUACGAGAGUCGGAGUUCGCCACGGUGGAGCUGGUCACCCUCGCCCCCGCCUUCAUGCUGCUGGCCGCCGCCGUAGCCCUCGCCACUCUGCUCCUCGUGCUGGAACUGCGCAAUGCCGCCAGGAACAGAAAGCAGUCAUUUCUGCGAAGAGGACGCUCUGGCCACCGCACUGAGGGUCUGGUCGUGAACACGCCUCAGAGCCCGGAAGUCACCGCCUCGCAAUGGGAGCCUCUCCCGGUGUCUGCUGCUGUCCCUAGGACGGGGCCUCGCGUCCUUGCUUACUACGAUUAG